GGAAGAUGUCUGCGCGCUGAAAAGCUUUUUUUCCGGAGUCGCCGCUACACCCGCCACUACGGGCCGCGCUCCCCUGGCCGGUCCGGGCUUUGCGAGAUGGCGGCCGAGAUCCACUCGCGGCCUCAGAGCAGCCGGCCCGCCCUGCUGAGCAAGAUCGAGGGGCACCAGGACGCCGUCAGCGCCGCGCUCAUCAUCCCCAAGGAGGACGGCAUCAUCACCGCCAGCGAGGACAGGACAAUUAGAGUAUGGCUGAAGAGGGACAGUGGUCAGUACUGGCCCAGCAUUUACCACACAAUGUCAUCUCCGUGUUCCACCAUGGCUUAUCAUCAUGACAGCAGGCGGAUAUUUGUGGGUCAGGAUAAUGGAGCCAUUAUGGAGUUUCAUAUCUCGGAAGACUUCAAUAAGAUGAACUUUGUCAAGACUUACCCAGCUCAUCAGAACAGAGUAUCUGCGGUCAUCUUCUGCUUGGAAGCAGAGUGGGUUAUCAGCACCGGCCACGAUAAAUGUGUCAGCUGGAUGUGUACCAGAAGUGGAAACAUGCUGGGGCGACAUUAUUUCACCUCCUGGGCUUCUUGCCUACAAUACGACUUUGAAACCCAGCAUGCCUUUGUCGGAGACUAUUCUGGGCAGAUCACGCUCCUGAAACUUGAACAGAGCGCGUGCUCGGUUAUCACAACUCUCAAGGGUCACGAAGGAAGCAUUGCCUCCCUGUGGUGGGAUCCGAUUCAGCGGCUACUCUUCUCUGGAGCAUCUGAUAACAGCAUAAUCAUGUGGGAUAUUGGAGGAAGGAGAGGUCGGACGCUUCUGCUUCAAGGCCACCAUGACAAAGUUCAGGCCCUUUGCUACCUCCAGCUCACACGACAACUGGUUUCUUGUUCAGCUGAUGGAGGGAUCACAGUCUGGAAUAUGGAUAUUAGCCGAGAAGAGGCCCCUCAGUGGUUGGAAAGCGAUUCCUGUCAGAAAUGCGAGCAGCCUUUCUUCUGGAACAUAAAGCAGAUGUGGGAUACAAAGACUCUGGGGCUGAGGCAGCAUCACUGUAGGAAAUGUGGCAAGGCAGUGUGUGGAAAAUGCAGCACAAAACGCUCCAGCUAUCCAGUGAUGGGCUUUGAAUUCCAGGUCCGGGUCUGUGACGCCUGUUUUGAUUCAAUCAAAGACGAAGACCGCACUUCUUUGGCAACUUUUCACGAAGGAAAACAUAACAUUUCCCAUAUGUCCAUGGACAUCUCAAGGGGACUUAUGGUGACAUGUGGAAGUGAUCGUGUAGUGAAGAUAUGGGACAUGACACCAGUAGUGGGCUGUGGCCUUGCGACUGGCUUCACUUCCCGCUGACCUGGGCCUGCUGAGUUAAUGUACCUGAUGCACCAAAUGGAUAGCACUCCCUUCUGUGAUUCUUGCCACCAAAAUGCCGGCUGCUUGACUCUGUGAAUUCUGCUUUCCCCAAGAUGGACAGCCUUUUUGUGUCUCUGUGUGUGAGAGAGUGGAGCAGAAUUCUUCUGUAAUGCUUACCAGGAGCAGCGGAGCCUGCUCAACUACAAGUUCACAGCCUAUGGAAUGAACGCAGAAAAGGCUUUAAGUGCA